AUGCCGUCUGCAACCUCCGAGAAGGGCAACCACCUUGGCGCUAUACUUGUUAAAGACAGCCCUAACAAGAGUGUUGGUCAGAUGAUUCAAUCAGCUGAUCACGAAGUUUUUUCUGAGUCCGCAGAGGUCGACUUUCGCACCGUGACCUGGCCUCGUGCCACUAUAAUCUUCCUCAAAACCGUCUUCGCUACCGGUGUGUUAUCAAUUCCAAUUGCUAUCUCGACCCUGGGGGCUAUUGGAGGCAGUUUGAGUAUCAUCGGAUGGGGCCUGCUUAAUACCUACACCGGCAUGAUCCAGGGAGAGUUUCGACUCAACAAUCCAAGCUGCCACAGUAUCGCCGACAUGGCUGGGGAAGUCGGUGGGAUUAUUGCGCAAGAGAUCACUGGGGUGUUGUUCAUUUUCGCAUAUCUCAUUGCUACUGGAUCCGGGAUUGUUGGUGCUUCCAUAGGCCUGGAUGUCCUCUCCGGUCAUACGGUGUGCAAAGUGUGGUGGUCAUUUCUAGCGACUGUGAUUAUUGCAGCAGCAGCGUCGGUCCGGAAGUUCCAGCAUAUCGGCUGGCUCACCUGGGUAGGGUUCAUCAGCAUCUUCACUGCGGUAUUCAUUGUCUCAGUGGCUGUCACCACGCGGGACCGACCGGCAGCCGCCCCAGCUGUUGGCGCUUUUGAUCUGGGAUAUCAAGCCCUGCCGUAUCCUGUUCCCACUUUCGCGGCCGGCAUGGCCGCUUCCUGUACGAUCUUUGCGUCGUUUGCUGGAACUAGUGCCUUCCUUCCGGUGAUCAGUGAAAUGAAGAAGCCGCGCGAUUACCGCAAAGCGCUCUUCGUGUGCAUGGCAUUUGUCAUAGCUUCCUAUCUCUCGCUCUCCUUGGUCAUCUACAGGUGGUGCGGUACAUGGGUGGCAUCACCUUCGCUCGGCUCGGCGGGCCAUACUGUGGAAAUGGUUGCCUAUGGAGUUGGGAUUGCUGGGAUCAUUGUCAGCGCGUGCUUGUACCUGCAUGUCACAGCCAAGUACUGUUUCGUUCGUCUUCUUCGGAACACAACGCACAUCCAACGGAACACGAUGACGCAUUGGGCGACGUGGAUUGGAUUGAUCAUCGGACUGGCCGCAAUAUCCUUUAUUCUAGCCGAAGCCAUUCCAAUCUUCAACUAUCUCAUCGCACUGGUGGGCAGUCUUUGUUAUGCGCCUCUUGCGGUAUCGCUGCCUGGAUGGCUGUGGAUAGCUGACCACAAAUCUUGGAUAAGGGGGUCUAUGGCACAGCGAAUGGCUUAUGGGGCACAUAUGUUUCUUGUUCUGUUGGGCUUAUUUAUGCUCACUGGUGGGACUUAUGGCGUGGUCGAUGAGAUUAUCGUUGCGUAUAGAAACGGCUCAAUAGGUGGGUGGUUAUCUCAACAACAGAAAGACGGAAAUGUGCUACAACCAUAUCAUUUGCUAAUAUCUCUUCUAGGGCGCGUUUUUGGGUGCAAGAGUACUUAA